AUGGAACUGUGCCAGGAAGACUCGACCGCGUACUGGAAGGGCCUGUGGCACGGCCUGCUGCUCAUGCUGCCGGUGCUCACCUUCCUCUAUCGCAAAUGGAAGACGGCCGCGGAGCAGUCGGCGGUGCAGCAGCCAGUGCUCGGGUCCUUCAUGAACGAGCUGUUCGCCUUCGAGGUGGUGCUGGUCGCCGGCGCGGAGCUCAAGGCGGUGCGCGACCAGCUCAAGAGCGCCGAGGAAGCGACCCCCGUGAACAAGAAGAAGGUGCAGGCGCUCAAGGAGCGCAUAGUCGACGUGGCCACGGUGCUGCAGAAGAAGCUCGAGACCAUCACGCCCAUCGUGUCGUUCCUGCUGGAGCAGAGCGUCGGCGUGAUCAAGGACCACCACACCGACAAGAUCGCCGGCACGCCCGAGGACAGCGACGAGUCCAAGAAGGACAAGUAG